UUACUCAUUUAAAACACUGUGUGAUUCAAAAUAACAUUACAAUUUUCAACAAAACAUAAAAAUGGAUUCUGGCAUGUCCUGGGCUGAUCAAUGGGACAACAACCAAGAACCUCUUCCAACAUCAGAUAAAAACAACAAAAAAAACAAAGAUGAGUCCAAGGUAAGCAAAAUUGGGAAGAAUAUGUUAAGUCUCAAAUGGGUGAAAGAGAUGCGCAAGAAAUCUCAAAAAUGAUGAAAACAAUGUGAAGAAUGUGUUGGGUUUUUGGAAUUAACAUUGCCAUAAUGUAAUUCAAGAAUUUACGUUGGCCUUUCUUAUCUCAGAAAAAGGUUUGUUCUAACAAAUAAAAUUAUACUAUUUUCAUGUUCUUUUUUUUUCAGAAUUUAUUAAUUAUUAUUUACAAUCUUAUACAGCCAUGCCUUUUUUUUUCUUGGAUUAUAAUAUAAUAUAUACAUUAUUAUUAUAAUAAAUAAUUAUAGAUAGCAAUGGAGAUA